GUCGAGGAGUGACUUCACCGACACCGCGAAAGAAUCGCUCCUAAUAAACUCAGAAGAAAUGGACAGACGAGCGCAAUUGCGUUCACCUUGUCAACCUAACUCGAAAGUGGAAGGUUUACCGUCCGACGUGUUCAAAGUGAUCGUUGGCGAAGCCCAGCAGCAGGAGUGGAGCUCCAGGGUGGCGCAGGAGGAGCCACAGCCACCCCGCAUUAAAGAGGAAGAGGAGGAGCCCGGCUUCUCCAAGCUCCGUGUGAAGAAUGAAGAUGAUGAGGAGCAAGCUCAGUCGUCUCACCACCACGGGGGAGCGAAACCGGACGUCCACCUGGGCCCACUCUCAGAGUCCGAUGACGUUGACACCGACACGGACGACUCCAAAGCGGACAGGAAGCAGUUCCACUGCUCUGAAUGCGACAAAACGUUUGACAACAAGUACCAGCUGGUGUACCACACGAGGAUCCACACCGGAGAAAAGAUCAUCUGCUGCGUGUGCGGCAAGGACUUCUCCAGCAAGAGCAAUCUGAGGACGCACAUGAGGACGCACUCUGAGGAGAAACCUUUCAUUUGCUCCGUUUGUGGUAAAGGAUUUUCAGUCAAGCGCUAUUUAAUGUCCCAUAUGAGGACACACACGGGAGAGAAACCUUAUUCCUGCUCGGUGUGCAGCGCAGAUUUCAGCUACCGCAUGUCGUUGGUGCUGCACAUGAGAACGCACACCGGAGAGAAACCUUUCUCUUGCUCGGUUUGCGGUAAGAGUUUCUGCCAGAAGGGACAGCUGAGGGCGCACAUGAGGACGCACACGGGGGAAAAACCCUUUUCCUGCACGUUCUGCGGGAAGACUUUCUCCGAACGGGGACACAUGAUCUCGCAUAUGAGGAUGCACACCGGAGAAAAACCCUUUUCCUGCUCGCUGUGCGGGAAGAUGUUUGCCACAAAGAGGAACAUGAUGAUACACACAAGGACGCACACCGGAGAGACACCGUUCAGCUGCACUGUGUGCCACAAAAGAUUCCCUCACAAGUACCAGAUCACUAGACACAAGUGCGUGCGUGACGACAGCAGCAGCGGCCAGUUCGUGAUGAGGCUGGAACCAGUCAACUCGCUCUCCGUCAUCUUCUUCGCUCUUCACGUGAAACUUGCUGAUGUCAGCCUCCUCCUCUUCCAUUUUCACGUGGGGGGGCUCCCGCUCUUUCAUGUGAGAGAGCUGCUGCUCCUGCUGCUCCACCCUGAAGGAGGAGGUGGGUUCUUCAGUUCUCAGCGGCAACUGCUGGACAUCUGCCAGACACCAGAACAUAAACCCUUGAUAAUUAGGAGACAAACCUUCGUGCGGCGGCUCCAUUUCAGCUCUUCCACGAACACCCAGCAGCUUCCGAUGGCGACUCUCCACCUCCUCUUCGUACUCAAUGAUUGUUCUUUCCAAGUGUUCGAAUAUCUCCUCGACGGCCGCCGUCAGACGCUGGCUGACGAAGAGCUUCAAAGUUUCAAAGUGUUGCCAUCAGACGUCCUCAAAGUGGUGGUCGUGAAAGAAGAGCAGCAGGAGGAGCCAGAGCCCCCCCACAUGAAAGAGGAAGUAGAGGAGGCCGACAUCGGCAAGUUCCGUGUGAAGAAUGAAGACGAUGAUGCCGAGGAAGCCGAGUGGCCGCUGCUUGGUCGCAGUGAAGAGAAGACCGCUCGUCAAGAGGACGACGACGGCUUCGGUCCGCUGUCAGACUGCGAGGACACAACAUCACAAUCCAAUGACGCCGAUGACAGCGACCGCACUGACGAACAGCUGAAGACGAAGAAACGCUCGAAAGGCCACUUGAAAUGUUCCCAGUGCGACAAAAGGUUUGUCCAUGAGAAAAACCUGACGAGACACAUGAAGAUCCACGCAGUGCACCCAAACCUGACGUGCUCGUUCUGCAGCAGGACAUUCAAGCAGCGCUCCGAUUUAAUCGUUCAUUGUCGUAUUCACACCGGAGAGAAACCUUUCUCUUGCUCAGUUUGUGGCGGUAGUUUCUCCCAAAAGGGCAGUUUGGUGAGACACACCAGGAGUCACACGGGAGAGAAACCCUUUUCCUGCUCACAGUGUGACGCCAGCUUCCGUCGGCGGUCAGCUUUGGUCAAACACGUGAGAACCCACACCGGAGAGAAACCUUACCCCUGCUCGGUGUGCGCAAAGAGGUUCUCCGAUAAGAAAAAUAUGACGAUACACAUGAGAACGCACACCGGCGAGAAACCGUUUUGCUGCUCGAUUUGCGGAGAAAGAUUCUCCGAUAAGAAAAAUAUGAUGAUACACAUGAGAACCCACAGCGGCGAGAAACCUUUCUGCUGCACGAUUUGCGGCGAGCGGUUCUCUCAGAGGUGCAGUCUGAUGAGACACACGAGGACUCACACGGGAGAGAAACCCUUCACCUGCUCAGUUUGCGCUAAAAGCUUCUCUGUGAAGAAAAACAUGAUGACACACAUGAGGACACACUCUGGAGAAAAACCCUAUCCGUGUCCAAUUUGCGGCAAAAGUUUCUCCAUUAAGAAAAACAUGAUGACGCACAUGAGAACGCACACUGGGGAGAAACCCUUCUCAUGCAUGGUGUGUGCAAAAAGAUUCUCAGACAAGAAGAACAUGAUGAUACACAUGAGAACACACACGGGAGAGAAACCUUUCCCUUGUCCGGUGUGCGCUAAAAGCUUCUCGGUGAAGAAGAACAUGAUGAGACACAUGAGAACGCACACCGGUGAGAAACCCUUCUCUUGCUCAGUGUGCAAUGAGCACUUCUCUCAAAAGGGGAGCAUGAUUAGACACACAAGGACACAUUUUCCUCAUUGACGUGUGGGAUGAGUGAGGUCCACGUGGACAUGAUGCUGAUGAAUGUGAUGGACAUGAGACAUACUCUGGUUUUCACAUUUGCGUUUACUGACAUGUUUGGUGUAUCUUGUUACAUCGAUAAAAUAAAUAAAUAAUAAAUAAUCAUCUUUACUGGA